CUCAACCCUCCUGCAAGCGUUGGCUCUGGACGUCCGACAAGGCCAGCCCACGCCCAUGGCCUCCGCACUCACAUUUCCUUCAGCUGGGACCUCAUCAUCUAUCACCCUUGAUGUGCCACCUCCGUCACAGGAACCCUAUGUCGCGCGGGCUACGGUGCCGAACGUCUUCGUGAUCCCACCCGAAGAAGAGCAGGACGAGAACCCGCCGUUCUGUUAUUUCGAUGCCGCAGAGGCUGAGCAUGAAGUAUACUCUACGACGCCAGACCUUGAGGCUUUGGAGACUGCCCUUCACUUCUACCAGCAGAUCGACAACCGUGCGCCUACGUUCCGCCGGUCGCUGCAGAACGAUUCGCAGGAGACGAUCGUGUUGCCACGACGAGGGUCCCUGGCGGUGAUACGGGAAAACACUCUCGAAGAGAAAUCGCGGAGGAGGGUGAUGGAUGAGGACGUUAUUGAGGUGGUCAAGCUGCGGAGAAGCGAGGGCAGGAACGACGCGGGCGAGAUACAGGUUCAGGGGAUGAAGAAGUCGAGGACGUUCAAGCUUCGUGCGACGGAGGCACUGAAGUCCAUUAAGAACGUCGGAAAGAUGCCUCGGCGGACGUCUGCUUCCAGCAGCACGAGUUCAUCGGGCUCGGGGGAGAACGUUCGACCUGGACGCUCGUCCGAGCAGGCAGCAUUGCCAGAUACCGUACCGCGGCCCAGUACUCCGAAGCUCCCCCGCCGGAAGUCACUCACCCUCUCUCAGGUCUUCACAUUCUCCCAAAAUCAUCGUCCGGUGGCUCCAGAGGCAGACCCAGAACCGCCGACAUGCUCGCCAGACGUGGAGAGGGCUAGGCAUUCAGAAGGGGACAUAAUGCGGGAAACCUUACCUCGCCCGAGCAGCCCCAAUCUUUCACGCCGCAAGUCGCUCACGUUCGCCCAGUUCUUCACCUUCUCUCCUAACCACCAACCAACUCUGACGGAAUCUGACGUCGACUCGUUAGGCAUGUCUGCAGAAGGCAGUCCUCUGCCAAAGAGAUACAAUAUGCAGACCAUGCCCGCGAUCGCCUCUCCAUCCAAGGCUCGCUCCCGCCCGUUACAUCCCUCCCCGUCGAUCGAGGACUACGGGCAAGUGCGCUCGGCAGCACCGACCACUCCCGUCCCGCCCUCACGACUUUCGAAACGGAGGUCAUUCCGGAAUAGGAUAUCCGUUCUAGAUCUGCAGAAGCUCUUCACUCAGGGAUCGUCGUCGGCCGCUCCUGAAGAGCCGGCGCGCAGAGAGUCUGACACUGCGGGGUCAUCGGAGCUCGCGGCGUCCACCUCGACGUUUUCUUCGUCGUACUCCCUCAUCUCCGCUGGGUCCCUUUCCGAAGACGAGCUACCGAGACGUAGCGAGGAUCGGGUACCGUCAGAAGACCCUUUUGGGGGCGACCUUGACACGGAAAUGCACCUGGAUUCAUUGCAUUUCGAUUCGUUGCACUUUGACCCGGACGAAUUCUGAUUCAGGUAGAUUCAUCUCGGCUGCGCUCUGUCCUUACGGCCCGUGUUUGCAAAUUGCAGAUGGGCAUCGCACACUCACUUCAUAUCUCAUCACACGGACACGUUCUCACAGAUGUACGAUAUACACCAACGUAGCGCGAUCCCCCGCAUCGCAUCUUGCAUACUCAUGAUUUUCACCGCUUUCGUUCGUCCGUCAUCCAUCGACCAUGCUAUACUCGCGCUAUGUAGCUCACCUCGCUUUCACCUCACUAUUGGCUUCG